AUGUCUGCAAUACUAUUGGAAGCCCUUUCAACACUACAACCUGAUGUCUAUAGCCUAAUUCACCCCGGGUAUUCAAUCGUUAAAGUGACACAGCCAAAUCCAGACCCGCUAGCCGCAUUACGAUACGCGUGUGUCUACUGGGUUGACCAUCUUAGCGAUUGUUGGCCCAGCGAAAGCACGAAGAAAGACGCCUAUGACCCUAUUGAAAGUUUCUUACGUAAUGACUACCUACACUGGCUUGAGGCUCUGAGCUUGUUAAGAAUCCUAUCAAAGGGAAUAGCCGCAAUACCACAGCUCAAGAGCUUGCUACUACAGGUUCUUAGAGGCCAUAGUGAAUUAGUUAUCUGGGUCGCUUAUUCUCAUAAUUCAAAGUUUCUCGCGUCGACUUCAAAUGAUGGAACCGUAAAGGUAUGGGAUACUGGCCCUAUCAGUGGCAGGUGCAUAUAUACCCUGAACGGUCAUGACCAGUAUUCCUUGGUCGCUUUCUCCCAUGAUUCUAAGCUUCUCGCCUCCGUUUCAUACGAUGGAAUCGUCAAGGUAUGGGAUCUCAGUAGCGGCCAGUGCCUACAGACUCUUGGAUGCUAUAGCAAAGAAAACAGUCGUUCGGUCGCUUUCUCCCCUGAUUUCAAGCUUCUCGCCAUAACUUCAUAUGAUCAAACUGUCAAGGUGUGGGAUACUAACAGUGGUCAGUGCCUACAUACCCUUAAGGGAUAUACUAAAGAUAUCUGUUUUGUCUCUUUCUCGCAUGAUUCCAAGACUCUCGCCUCGGCUUCAAGUGAUGAGACUAUUAAAUUGUGGGAGAUAGGCGGCAGUCAAGACCUUCAGACCGUCAAGGGCCAUGACCAUAUAUGUCUCUUGGUCAUUUUCUCGUAUGAUUCUAAGCUCAUCGCUUCAGCUUCAUUUGAUAGAAUCGUCAAGUUAUGGGAUAGCAGCAGCGGUCGGUGCACAAAGGCGCUCGAAGGCUUCAAUAACUCCAUUAAAUCGAUCGCUUUCUCCCGGGAUUCAAAGCUUCUUGCACUGGCUUUGUGGGAUAGAACUGUGAAAGUAUACAAUGCCAGCAACGGCCAAUGUCUACAGACCUUUGAUGGUCAUAGUCAUCCGUGUACCUCGUGUACCUCCGUCACUUUCCCCUAUGAUUCUAAGAUCAUCGCCUCUACUUCACAAGAUAGAACCGUCAAGGUGUGGGAUACUAACAGCGGCCAAUGCUUACAUAUCCUAAUGGGUCAUCUUAUGGAGAUUUAUUCAGUCACUUUCCCACAUGAUUCUAAACUCCUUGCCUCCGCCUCAUGGGACAAAACAGUGAAGAUAUGGGAUGCUAGCAGUGGCCAUCACAUAUGUAUCUCGGUCGCUUUCUCCCAUGAUUCAAAGCUCAUCGCCUCCGCUUCACAAGAUAAAACCGUCAAGGCGUGGGAUACCCGCAGCAGCCAGUGCUUAUGGACCAUUCACGUUGGUGGGUUUGUUCAGUUCGACCUAUUUGACAGAGUCAAACCCUAUCUUGAUAUUUGUAACGAUGAAGCGUCGCGUGCAGAAUAUGGUAUAAGUUCCGAUGGGUCAUGGAUCACUUUUAACUCGGAGAACCUGCUAUGGUUACCACCGGAAUAUCGACCAAAUGAUUUUGCCGUAUCACAGUCGACAAUAUGUAUUGGCUGUCAGUCGGGUCGAGUGCUACCAGUUACAUUUGAUUUCUCUAUGCUAUUAAAAUUCCUUGCUGGGCACUGA